GAUUUGUCAUCUUGUAAACUGAGAAGAAAUUUUCAUCUUAAUAGUAUGCACAAACCUGGUGAUGUCAUUUUAGGUGGACUUUUUGAAGUUCACUACACCUCUGUCUUCUCUGAACUAACGUUUACUUCGGAACCAAACAAACACRUCUGCCAUGGCUUUGAUCCACCAGGCUUCAGACAUGCCAUGACUAUGGCGUUUGCUAUUGAGGAGAUCAACAAAAACCCACAUCUGCUGCCUAACGUGACCCUGGGAUAUAGUCUUCAUGAUAACUGUGCCACUUUAGUAAUUGGAUUUAGUGCUGCAUUGUCAUUGGCCAGCGGUCAAGAGGAAGAGUUCCUUCUUCAGAAUACAUGCCUCGGCAGCCCUCCAGUCCUGGGGAUUGUGGGUGAUUCCUUCUCGACAUUUUCUAUUGCCUCCUCUGAUGUAUUAGGUUUAUUCGGACUGCCCAUUGUCAGUUACUUUGCAACAUGUUCCUGCCUGACCGAUCGCCAAAGGUUUCCAUCUUUCUUCAGAACAAUCCCAAACGAUGCUUUCCAGGUGCAUGCAUUGAUACAGAUUUUAACACACUUUGGUUGGACAUGGGCAGGACUGCUGGUCAGUAAUGAUGACUAUGGACUUCAUGUCGCCCAAUAUUUUCAAUCUGUGCUAACUCAGUAUGGAUUAGGUUGUCUUGCAUAUUUAGAAAUUUUGCCUUGGGGUGAAAAUCCACUUGAACUAAAAAGAAUUGUGGAAGUGAUAAAGAAAUCUACUGCUCGUGUCCUAAUUGUAUUUGCACAUCAGAUCCAUAUGAUCCAACUGGUGGAAGAGGUGGUAAAACAGAAUGUAACAGGUUUGCAGUGGUUGGCAAGUGAAGCCUGGACAACAGCAGCCAUCCUCCAAACACCCCGUCUCAUGCCAUAUUUGGGAGGCACGCUGGGCAUUGCAAUCCGUCGAGGAGAAAUACCAGGACUUGGAGAUUUUUUCUUAAAAACACAUCCUGGUGACAAUAGCAACAAUAAAAACAGCAUGGUAAGGAUGUUUUGGGAACAURCAUUUCAGUGUAGAUUUCCUCCACCACCAGCUGGUUGGGGGGAAGCCGGUGGAGCUUUAUGCACAGGUGAAGAACAUUUARAGGCUGGAGAGACAGAGUUUUUGGAUGUUUCUAACCUCAGGCCUGAGUACAAUAUUUACAAGGCUGUGUAUGCGCUGGCUCAUGCUCUUCAUAACAUGCUGCAGUGUGAGCCAGGCAGAGGGCCUUUCAGCGGGCACAGCUGUGCCACUUUGCAAACACUGGAGCCUUGGCAGAUUCUGUAUUACUUAAAAAAGGUCAAMUUUACAAUUUCAUUUGGUGAUCAAGUCUCAUUUGAUGAAAAUGGUGAUGCAUUGCCAAUAUAUGAUAUCAUGAACUGGUUAUGGCUCCCCGAUGGAGGAGUCAAAGUUCAAAAUGUGGGUGUUGUUAAAAAGACAACUUUCAGCGGUGAAGAACUGACACUUKAUGAGCACAAAAUCUUCUGGAACUUUGACAAUAAUCAGCCACCUCGGUCAGUGUGCAGUGAGAGCUGUCCCCCAGGGACUCGAAUGGCCAGAAAGAAAGGACUACCUGUCUGCUGUUACGAUUGCGUCCGAUGUUCUGAAGGAAAGUUCAGCAACAAAACAGACUCAGUGGAUUGCAUCAGUUGUCCAGARGAUUUCUGGUCCAGUCCACACCAUGACCACUGUAUUCCUAAGAAAACAGAAUUCCUGUCCUAUCAGGAACCUUUGGGUGUGUGCUUGACAACAGCUUCAUUACUGGGCACAUUCAUAUGCAUCGUUGUUUCAGGGAUCUUCGUCCAUCAUCGCAGCACACCCAUGGUACGAGCCAACAAUUCAGAACUGAGCUUCUUGAUUUUGGUGUCACUGAAGUUGUGUUUCCUGUGUUCGCUGCUGUUCAUUGGACGACCCAAACUGUGGACAUGCCAACUGAGACACGCAGCAUUUGGGAUCAGUUUUGUACUUUGUGUCUCAUGCAUCCUGGUGAAAACCGUGGUGGUUCUGGCUGUGUUCAAAGCCUCCAAACAAGGAGGAGGGUUCCACCUUAAGUGGUUUGGUGCUGUACAACAAAGAGGAACAGUUUUAGUUCUUACUUGCAUUCAGGCAGCGAUCUGCACUAUCUGGAUUGUUUCAGCUUCACCAGUGCCUCAUAAAAACACUAAUUACCACAAUGACAAGAUAAUUUAUGAGUGCAUAGUUGGGUCCACCAUUGGUUUUGCAGUGUUACUGGGGUAUAUUGGCUUUUUGGCUGUCCUUAGCUUCCUGCUUGCAUUUCUGGCCAGGAAUCUUCCUGACAACUUCAAUGAGGCAAAACUCAUCACUUUCAGCAUGUUGAUUUUCUGUUCUGUGUGGGUGGCCUUUGUUCCUGCAUAUAUAAACUCUCCAGGUAAAUAUGCAGAUGCAGUGGAGGUGUUUGCCAUCCUGGCUUCCAGUUUUGGCCUCUUGCUGGCACUGUUUGGACCUAAAUGUUACAUAAUCCUCUUGAGACCAGAAAGAAACACAAAGAAAGCAAUAAUGUCCCGCAAUACAAUCAAGUAA